AAAAAAAAGGUAAAGAGGCGACUUUUUCACUCUCCAUCCCACUGGUCGUCUCUCCUGUCCCGUCUCUACGAAGAGACCGAGAAACUUUUAUAUCUAUUUCUCCUCCUUUCGGCCGCUCAUCCCGACAUCCGCCUUCGCGAUCCGUUCCCCGGAUUCAUCUCCCGGCGCCGCGCCGGAAGAUCCUUUCUCGAUCGAGUUCUUUUGAUCUCUGUUCUUUCUCGGGAGGAUUCGGCUCUCAGAUGUAGCCGACGGUUAUCUUGGAAUUUGAUUGCUGGUUUCCGACCGAUCGCGCGUUUCUAAAUCAUGUUUCGGGUCUAGCUCGGAAAGGAGGCACUGAACGAGGUAUCAAGGGCGUUACUUUUGGGGGCUUUAUCUUUCUUUACUGCUAUUUUUGUGUUUCCGAUUGGGGAUGGAUGCCUGGAUGUGUAAAGUUUUACUUUUUCGAGCGAUUGAAGAACAAGUAAUCAGAUCAUAAAUUUAUUUUGAAAUAUUUAAACUUUAGCGGGCGGCAGCAGAUGCCGCUGAGUUUUGAAGGAAACUGAGAGGAUCCUCUUGCCGGGUUGCAUAAAAGAUGGUAGAGGGUACAAAAUUUACUGGAAUUAUAGGGGGUGGUGGUGGUGGUGGUGGGAAUGGGAUAGGGAAUAGCUUCUGCGACAUGGGUUUCUACCGGAAGCUCGAGGAGGGUUCCAACAUGUCCAUAGACAGCAUUGGGAGCCUUCAGAUGAGCAACGACGGCGACUCUGUAGCCAUGUCCUUGGAGAACAGCAGCGUUGGUUCAAAUGACUCCCAUACGAGAAUCCUUCACCACCCUGGUCUCCGUCCUAUGCCCAGUGCCAACUAUUCGGUGGGCCACAGCGUGCUGCGCCCGCGGAGGGUGUCUCAUGCUCUCAAUGAAGAUGCCUUGGCUCAAACCUUGAUGGAUCCUCAGUACCCAACAGAAUCUCUCAAGAACUAUGAUGAGUGGACCAUCGACCUGAGGAAGCUCAAUAUGGGUAUGGCCUUUGCUCAGGGGGCGUUUGGGAAGCUUUACAAGGGCACUUAUAAUGGAGAAGAUGUGGCUAUUAAGUUGUUGGAAAGGCCAGAGAAUGACCUGGAGAGAGCACAACUAAUGGAGCAACAAUUUGCACAGGAGGUUAUGAUGCUGGCUACCCUGAAACACCCAAAUAUCGUGAGAUUUAUUGGAGCAUGCAGGAAGCCAAUGGUUUGGUGCAUUGUAACAGAGUAUGCAAAGGGUGGCUCUGUCAGACAGUUUCUGAUGAGAAGGCAGAACAGGUCAGUGCCUCUGAAGUUGGCUGUCCAGCAGGCCCUGGAUGUCGCCAGGGGUAUGGCCUAUGUGCAUGGUUUUGGGUUGAUUCACAGGGAUCUCAAAUCCGACAAUCUUCUCAUAUUUGCGGAUAAAUCCAUUAAGAUUGCUGACUUUGGAGUGGCCCGUAUUGAGGUGCAGACUGAAGGCAUGACACCAGAGACAGGAACUUAUCGUUGGAUGGCUCCAGAGAUGAUCCAGCACAGACCUUACAAUCAGAAAGUUGAUGUUUAUAGCUUUGGCAUUGUGCUCUGGGAGCUUAUAACAGGCAUGCUUCCCUUCCCGAAUAUGACUGCUGUGCAGGCAGCAUUUGCUGUUGUCAACAGAGGUGUACGACCAAUCAUACCGCAUGAUUGCCACCCUGCACUUAGUGAGAUCAUGACCCGCUGCUGGGAUGCCGACCCUGAUGAACGUCCGCCCUUUGCUGAGGUCGUUAGGAUGCUCGAGAGUGCACGGUCAGAGAUCAUGAUGACUGUUCGAAAAGCACGCUUCAGGUGUUGCUUAUCUCAACCGAUGACUACAGACUAAGGAUUGGAAAUUGACAAAUGAAACCUCCUGCAUCGACGGUGCUCUGAGUGUAGAUGGAUUACAGAAAUUUGUUGUGUCAUGGGUUUUUGGUGCUUGCUCUUUCAGAAGGGUUAUAGUCUGAACAUCCUUGUUGAGUAUUAGUAUUGUAUUAAGUUCCAUAGCUUAUUCCAUCUACAUCCAAACGUGAACCAUAAUUUUUCUUUGUACAGGCAUACAUUAAAGUAUUGGUUUGUCAGAUUUGUUGUCUGCC